GUCCUUCUCUUGAACUUUUGAUGCUCGAUUCAUAAAUCAUCGCAUCCUAUCAGUUCAUCAGAGUGAUAAGAGUCAAGGUUCUGCAUGAGGUUGGAGUCAGAGCCGGGAAAUAACCAGUCCCACAACAGCGCGUGUCACAUCUCUGGAUGAGACUGACCAGCGACGUCUCGUUUGGACCAUGAGGAGAAUGUCAGUGGUGCAGGGUAUGUCUGGGUCCAGAUUUGUAGCCUUUGCUCAGCAGAAGGGUCUUUGUAUGACUGCAGCAGGUGCUGUGGUGGACGGAAACGUAGAAGGGGGGAAAGGAGCUUUGAAAGAUGUGAGGAAGAGGGAUGUGGAUGGACGGGUGCGCAGCUUUGAGGAGAUCCCUCACACCGGGAGGAAUGGAUGGAUCAACCUGGUGAAGUUCUGGAGAGAAAACCGUUUUCAGCAGCUUCACAAACACAUGGAGCAGACAUUCAACGCCCUUGGCCCCAUCUACAGGGAGACCGUGGGCACGCUCAGCAGUGUGAACAUCUUGUUGCCAUCUGACAUCAGUGAGCUGUUCAAGUCUGAGGGGCUGCACCCUCGUCGGAUGACCCUGCAGCCGUGGGCCACACAUCGGGAGAUACGCAAUCACAGAAAGGGACUCUUCCUCAAAAACGGCGAGGAGUGGCGAUCCGACCGUCUCCAGCUCAAUAAGGAGGUGAUGCUGAGUGAAGCCAUGAAGCGCUUCCUCCCUCUCCUUGAUGACGUGGCGAAAGACUUCUGCAGAAUGCUGCAGGGAAAAGUGGAGAGGGACGGGAGAGGAAAGGAAAGCAAGAGCACCCUCACCUUCGAUCCCAGCCCUGACCUUUUUCGCUUUGCACUGGAAGCCAGUUGUCAUGUGAUCUAUGGGGAGCGCAUCGGCCUGUUCUCGUCAUCUCCGUCUCUGGAGUCCCAGAAGUUCAUCUGGGCAGUGGAGCGGAUGCUGACCACCACCCCUCCCCUUCUUUACAUCCCCCCUCGCCUGCUGGUGCAAGUCGGGGCUUCUCUGUGGACUCAGCACGCCACGGCAUGGGACCACAUCUUCAGUCAUGCGGAGGCAAGGAUCCAGAAGGCCUAUCAGCGCCUGACAUCCUCCCAGGGUCAGGGGUCAGUGACCAAGGGCCAGUACAACGGAGUUCUGGGGCAGCUCAUGGAGAAAGGGCAGCUAUCCUUAGACCUGAUCAAGGCUAACAUCACAGAGCUGAUGGCUGGAGGGGUUGAUACGACAGCCGUCCCCCUGCAGUUCGCUCUGUUUGAGCUGGGACGCAACCCAGAGGUGCAGGACAUGGUGAGACAGCAGGUGAGGACAUCCUGGGCGCAGGCAGGUGGUGAUCCUCAGAAAGCCCUGCAGGGGGCGCCGCUACUGAAAGCCACAGUCAAAGAAGUUCUCAGGUUAUACCCGGUUGGAAUCACGGUUCAGCGGUAUCCUGUUACGGAUAUUGUUCUCCAGAAUUAUCACAUACCUGCAGGGACCAUGGUUCAAGCCUGCCUCUACCCGAUGGGAAGGAGCACCCAGGUGUUUGAGGAUCCACUGCGCUUCGAUCCCGGUCGGUGGCUGGGCAGCAGGAGAGGAGACGGGGCCGGGUUUCGCUCUCUGUCUUUUGGAUUCGGGGCGAGACAGUGUGUUGGGAGGAGGAUUGCUGAGAAUGAGAUGCAGCUCUUGCUCAUGCACAUCCUGUUGAACUUCCGUCUCAGCGUGCCGUCCUCAGAUGACCUCAAAACCAACCUCACCCUCAUCCUGCAGCCAGAGACGCCACCCAAGAUCACCUUCAGCCAGCUCUGACACAGACGCCUGAAACGUUUAUUCACACAGUUCAGCACGGUGUUGUGAUGAGGUUUAAAUCAGUUAGAGUCCAAUAAAAAAGAAUCUCUCCUCUUGAUUGAAUUGA